AAGCACACGCUCAUAACGCUCCACCAGAGGCCCUCGCAGCCAGAAUUCGCAAUGGCCGGUGGACUGCGCAAAUAUCACACUAAGAGCCGAAAUGGCUGCAGCCAGUGCAAGAAGCGGAGAAAGAAGUGCGACAUGCGCAUGCCUCGGUGUGGUAACUGCACCAAAUGGGGAGCCGUAUGCGACUUUACCGCGUGGAGUGCCGCUGUUCGUCCAGUGUUUGAGAGAGCCUUUGUCCAUCCAUACCCUUCCGACGGGCUCCUUCCAUUCCCGGCACCCUUACCAACCUUCGACACCGGAGACGUGGAACUCCUGCGCCAUUAUGCAACCCAAUCAUCUCUGACCCUGUCUCCCAGAGAUACCCUGUCGCUCUUCCAAGUCAACCUGCCAGGCGAAGCCAAGAGUCAUCUCUAUCUGAUGCACAGCGUUCUCGCCUUCUCUGCCCUUCACCUGUCCCUGGUCGACGAGCGGAAUCGCAACCGCCACGCCUACAUGGCCAGCAAACAGCACGAGCAGGCCUUGAUCGCAUUCCGCUCCUCCGUAAACGAAGUCACUCUAAACAAUGGCGGCGCCAUUACUGCCUUUUCAUUCCUCACCGCCGUCUACACGCUGGGUCUGCCCAUCGUUUUCGGCUUCGACAGCAUUGCUAGUCCUGUGACGACAUUUGUCGAUGUGGUUCAAAUCUUAAGACAUGCAUGGUCGGCUGUUGGACCGACCCAGUCGGUGGUGGAAACGGGCAACCUACGGGAACUUGUCCGGCCAGCGCCGAGCAAACCCAAACCCUGCGUCAUGCAUGCCAAAGGCGAAAAGGUGAUACGCUUCCUGCAGUACUACGUAGACACCUCGCCUGUUGUGGAACCCGAAUACCAGCAAAUCUAUCGAGAAGCCAUCUCUCACUGGGAGCGGUUCUUCAUGAACAUGCCGUGCAAACCACCCCUGUGGGCAAACGCGCUUAUAUGGCCAAUGACGGUGUCUCGGGAAUUCUUCGAUCUCGUGCAGGAACAGAGGCCAAUGGCGCUCAUCAUUCUAGCCGUCUGGGCCAUCGGCAUCUACAGAGCGCCCAACAUGUGGUUCAAUGCAUGGGGGAAAGAGUUGGUGGGUCAUAUAUGGAAGAUAUCGGAUGAAGAGACGAGAAAGGCGCUGAGUUGGCCGGCCGAAGUGUGCGGCAUCAUACCGAAAAGAUACCACCCGGAAGGAUGCGUGUGCUGGGAUUGUCGAGAGGGAAGCCCGUACAUCAAGGUCCGGGACAAUGCAUCGGCGGUGCUGGUCGACAGGACUAAGCACGGAGAGGAUAGCACAAGCCCUCCGCCGCCAGCCCAAGUCAUGGAGACGAUCCGGCGAAGUCCCGAUUGGACCCGGUUGUCAUCGUCGUCGUCGCCAGAGCUGUGA